AUGUAAAGGCGAUGCUAAGCUGUUUGUUUUCGUUCACAUGUUGCCCCCGCGUUGGUGCCGGGAGUUUCUAGGAUGUUCUGUCAAUGAACGGUUACUUUAAGCGACAUGACCAGUGGUGGACAUAUAAAGCUGGAUGUUUUGUGAUUUCCUGAUUAACACUAUUCCGUAAUACGUUAUCUUCCAUAAAGUGCGCGUUUGAAAACGAAAUAACCAUUUUUCUUAUUUUCUUUAUUUCCGUCACAAGUUGAGUCGAUUGGUGUUUAAUGUAUAUAUACGUGAACAACUUUCCAUCACAGCUUCUGAAAAUUCGAUUGUGUGGUCCUCCAACUUUUGCGAAGUUUCAUUGAGAAUUGGAGAACUUCAUGGAUUUCUUGAUUGUUUAUGUUUAUUUAAAUGAUCUAUUCUAUAAAUGUCUAGCUGAACGGCAAUUGUCAUAAACUAUAUCACUACAAUGCAAGGAAGAAGCAUUUACAAGUUAGAACCACGACUUAGAUCAAUGAGCAAGGCCGAAGGUAACUUCUGGGUUCCAAAUGCUGCUAUCACAGAGCAUGCCCUAACUCGUCGUUUGGGAGAGCUUGACCGAGAAAAGACAAUGGUCCAGGCAGACUAUCGUUAUCGACAGAGGGAACUUCAAAAGGAGCUCCGAAACAUCCGGGCAUCUAAACAGACAGAGAGUUCACAGCGUAGUCAGACCCAUCGAUUCUCCAACAGGAACUCGACCGAUCCCACUAGUCUCACUGAUAUGAUUGACCGAUUUAAAAAGAAGAGAACAGAUCAGGAAUAUCUACAUGACCAGCUUCGACAACGGCGGGAUAGCCUUGUCAGUUCCAUUGGAAACAAACACGACCACAGUCCCGAUUUACUCCGAGAGGAAACCACCGCGUCGGAUAUGUGGGACAACAACAGACCCUGUUGUCCAGAGCCUCCGGCCGGAACCAUACUGGACGAUAUGCGGACAGCGCUGACCAUGGCGAAGCACGCUGAAGGAUUGGCUACCAAAAAUAAAGAGGCUGGCCUAAGGCGACCACGCGAAUCCAGAAUAAGGAGGUCAAAACACCGUGAUGUUACGUACCCUAAAGGAUUAUCCCUACGUUCCAGCAAGCGAAGACCGCAUGAAGCACCCCGUACAAUAAAAGAUACCCGAAAAACACAAUCUAGAUUGGUAACUCUACCUAAUCCCUCCAUUGCCAAUGACGGAAAUGGCGAAGACAUUAACACCGAUCUGCUAGAAUCUGUCAAAGCAGAUAACACGUCAGAAACUCACUUUAAGAGUACUGACGACGGUACCAUACUAACUACGGCAAGGGGGCCGCAUCAAAACAAAGAUGACGCAAAUAUGACAACUAACCGAGGAAAAGAUGUCGUGUCGAAGUCAAUUUUGAAAGAAGGGCAAAAAAUGGAACAAUGUGUAGGACUCGGUCUUCAAAGGAAAGAAAAACAACUUACGAAAGAGGAGUUGGAAAGCAAUACUAACCUGAUAACACGACGAUGCUCUGAACCGGUGAUCAUUGGCGAAAGGGAGAAUAUAAUUGAACACUUGAAUGUCAACAUGGCGAGGGAAUACGUGCCAGAGGAGACAAUUCCUGGAUUUAAAAAACAUAUCAUUGUACGACGAUUUUCCGAAAAUGACAAAUAUCAAUGUAAUUUUAUCAAAGACCUUAUUGACGACGACGAAUGUUCGAUGGACAGUGACAAAGAAACAGUAGAAAUAUCCGAAUCUGACAUCAUAUGGGAUGACGUCAGACGCUGUAGAUAUCUUCGUGGUUAUGAUCCGCCGAUUAUGAUAAUGCCAAAAGAAGAAAUUAAUCUGUUUGUUUUCGGAAGGGAUGAAAAUGACAUUCUGGAACUAAAACGAGAAAAACAUUUUGGACUUUGAUAUACAUUGUAUAUGGGGAAAAGGAAUCACAUAAUGUCGUAACACAAUAACUGUAAAUACGGUAGAAAAAUAACAAAUUCAGUAAAUUGUUUUACGAAAGUGACAGCUAAUCUGGUGAAAUAAGUGUGAUCCGGAAUGUUGAUAUAGAAAAUGUGAAACAGUGAUCGUUAUCUGGCAAUGUCUCUUUGGUGAUAGCUUUGGAAUAAUUAACACAGUUCCAUAAAUGAGAGCAAUGAAGUUAUGUAGGAAACAUGUGACAUCUGUUCAAACAAUUAUAGGAAUAUCGAAGCUAUAAUUUGAAUAAUGACAAAAUGGCAUCCUUCAAAUAACUAUCUAAAUUAGAAAAAAGUAUAAAAAUCGAACCUCUUUUCAGGUCUUCUAUACUAUAUAAAUACCUGGAUCAAAUAUAGAUCGUUGCAACACAUGUUCGUUUUUAUCCAUAAUAGAGAAAAGAAUGAGUUUAAUGUGCAUCGAUAUAUAGUCACAAUUGUUGUACUCAACACGCGGCAUUGAUAGAAAGAACAUAUGGCAACACAAUUUAAUAUAAAUUGUAUCGUGUUUCACUUUGAUGAAAUAUUUGUAAGGAGAGAGUACAAUAUCAUUGUUUACUGUGUUAACAAGUAUCAUGUUGACAGACGCUCCUGGCAUAGGUCUCUGAUGUGGGAGGGAUUUUAUCGGGAAAUCUUCCUCCCGUUUUCCUGAAAUAUUUAGUGAAUACUUUCGUUGAUUUCAUCAACGGUAGAACCUUUGCAUUAAAACCACUAUAUUAAUAUCAUAAAACAUCAGUCUAUUACACAUUGUUCUUAAAAUACAGAGAGCGUUACAGCUACCUAUACGGGUAUAUACUGUUACCGACCUUUCAAUGCAAAUAAGGUCAUACAUGGUGAUACGCCGAGACAAAACAUGGAUUUAAUAGGAUAUUAUAAAAUGAAAAAACUUAAUGCCUUCCAUAUUUCGUCAAGUCUAACUCAAAGCCAAAUACGUAAAGAGAUCAAAUAACAUAUGGUGGGAGAAUAUUCCAGGUAUCAAUUAUGCAAUGAGCACAAACAGGUUUCCUAAUAUUUAAAGGACAAGAUGGACUGGGUAAUGUUUUAAUGAGUCGACGACCUUUUCAUGGUACGGCAAGAUCGGCUUCAACCGUAAAAACAUAGAUCUCAUCAACUAUAAAUACUGGGCAUUAAAUUUUUAUUAACAUGUAAUAGAUAAUAUCAAUCAUAAGUUGUUAUAAAACAUGAGCUACAGGUAAACAUUACCAAAGUAGUAAG